AUGGCCGCACCAGGAGAUGCUUCGCAGCCUCCAGCUCAUGUGUAUCCCGACACGCCUUCCGACUCGGAGUGGCAGCCGAUUCAUGCGAGCAGCUGUGCAAGCCAGGAGGCGCCAGGACCCACGGCCGCUUUUGCCCAGCCCUGCCCUUCGCAGUCCUUUCAGCUCGUGCACCAGUGGCCACAAUGGCCCGCGGUGGCGGGAGUUGGGGCUUUGCAAGUGGGAGAGGUAUCCUCAUCACAGGCGGCUUCCAGUGAAGGCGCGAGGUCUGCCCUGCGCACCGCAUCUGGGCAACGGAAGGGCAAGGCGGAGAGAAGGCGGGCAAUGCAAAGUUCGCAGUCGCAAACGUGUCACGCGAUGAAGGCCACACAAACGGACCUAGACGGACCUCGACUUGACAGAGUCUUGACGCAGAACGCGGCAUACUUGAACUACAUUCACCAGGCGACCCGUUGGAAGUGCUGUUUCUUCGUCAUUGUGCUUUUCAUGAUCACGUGGCCACUGUUGGUGCACUACAGGACCGACCUACUCUUCAGGGAGGCCUUGGAAGCCCACAAGAAAGAGGUCUUGGAGUGGAAGGUCAAGCACGAGGAAUGCGUGGGCAAUCUCCAGUCGACCAGCCAAAAGGCCCAGGCAUGUCAAUCUAACGUCCGCGAGGCGUUAGAAGAACAAGACAAGCUGAAUCGUACGUUGGCUGGUGCGCAGGAUGAAUUGCGACAGUGCAAGCGUAAGCUUCAAACCGACAACAAAGCUGAGUACUCCAAGCGCAUCCAAGAUCAAGCAGCGCAGCUUGCGACAUGUAAAUCCGACUUCAGCAAGACCUCAGGCGAGAAGGAACAGUUGAAUGGCACUCUGCGAGAAGUGCAGGGUGAACGAGGACAGUUGCAGGAAGCUCUCCGGACGUGCAAAGCUGAGGUGAAGGAGCAGCAUGAAGCUAGCAUGCAGUGCAAUACUGCACUGGCUGGUUUAGAAGAUGAUAUCGAAAUUGCACGGAAAGUUGACAUCAAGCUGUCAAGCAAGCUUGCAGAUGCUAUCAUCUCACAAGAUAUCUUCAAAGCCAGUCAUGGCUCCUGCCUUCGCGAGCUUGCGAAGCGUGCGGACGAGGCUGAUGGAAAGGUCAAAGAAUGGCGUGAUAUGCGUUCGCAAGACCUGAAGACUCUCUAUCAUGGAUUGCACUGGAUGUGGAAGUGCGAGACUCUAGACAAGCAGAACAAGCAGCUGAUGGAGACAGUCCAGGCGCUGGAGGAGCAGGUGAAGAAGCUUGAGGCAUCGCCGACCAAAGAAGCAAUCCUCAUGUUUCUGGCGACGGUCUUCGGCUCCAGUAAGACCCCGCACACAGCAAAGUCCCAGUGA